AUGAUGAGACGGAGAAGCGUUUACAAUUUCGAUCAAGGAAAACAUGGCUAUUUAAUGAAUCAUAUAUCUUGGCUUAAUUUUGUGAGUUUCAAUUGGAUUACACAACUUUUAAGAUGUCUUAAGAAUGAUGAUUUUGUAUUACCUUGUAUAGAAGAAACAAGUUCCAUAGAACAUUAUAGCACGAACCUAAAUAGGAAUGUUCGAAAUAUUCAAUUAAGAAAAUAUAAUAAAUAUAAUAAAUAUAAGAAUUAUUGUUGUAGUAAAUAUAAUGAUGGUAAUAAAAGUUGUAGUUGCUCUACAAAGAAUCAUACAAAUAAAUUUCAUAAAAGAAAAAAGGAAGAUCAUUUUUUAAAAAGUAGUGGUAUUACAUAUGCAGUUUUGAAAACAUUUAAAUAUUAUUUAAGUUUAAUUAGUUUCUUUCAUAUUAUACAUACCAUAUUUCUAAUAUUUGUUGCUGUGUGUAUUGAGAAAUAUGUCUUGUUAAUCAAAGGCGGUUCAAAUGUUGUAACUCUACCAUUUGGAUUCAAAAAUUCUAAAGUGUUGUUCGGAUUUAUAGUCAUUUCAGUAAUAUUCAUUAGUCAGUUUUUUGAUGCCCUCCUUUGCUAUUAUGAUUUUAGAUUAAGAGUAAAUAUGGAGGUCACCGUUAUGUAUUUUUUAUACAAAAUAACGUUAGGCAAUUUCAACAAUCAGUUGAUUAAUAGAAACGAUAUAUAUGAUGACCAUAGUGAAGAGGGAAAGGGCCAACAUAAAAAUCAAUGUCAAUAUGAUGAAAAUGAUCAGAAUGAUCAGAAUGAGCAAAGCGAUUUACGUGAUAUACGACAUAUGCAUGAUAAACAUGUCAAACAUAAUGAUGAAGAAAGCAAAGAUUCAACCAACAGUACGACAUAUAUCAAAAAUAAUAACAAUCAAAUGAGCCACAUAAACGAUUUGUCAAUUACAAAUAAUAUGUCCGAUGUACAUAUUUUAUCGAGCAUAAAAAACCAAGAUCAGAAUAACAGUAAUAAUGUUUCGAGCAUGGAUAGCAACACCAAUUACAUGAGCAAAACGACAUGUUUAACGUGUACAGGCUCCGAAUUUAAUAAAGAAGAAAAAGAUGAGAAAAAAGAACUUUUAGAAGAAGCGAAAAAGAAAGAUAAAGAAGUAUUCGAUAUUAGUAUAUAUAAUAUAAUGUUUAUAGAUACACCAUUUUUAAUUUAUUUUAUAACAGCAUUAAUAGAAUUAGCAAAUAUGAUAAUAAAAUUUAUAAUGUCAUUUUAUAUGUUUUAUUAUAAAAUGGGUAGUGCAGCUGUAUUAAACGGUGCUUUGUUAAUUAUAAUAAUGUAUGGAUUAAUGUUUGCUUUUGAAUUUUCAUCCAGUUUAUUUAAAUUGAAAUAUUUAAAAUAUCGUGAUACAAGAAUAAGUAAUAUGCAUCAUAUAUUAAAAGAAUUCAAAUUAAUGAAAAUAUUUAAUUGGGAAUCUAUAGCUUUUGAUUAUGUAAAUAUGUUUCGAAUAAAAGAAAUGAAAAUAUGUAAAAUCAGAACCUAUUUAAGUUCUUUAAGUAAUUAUGUUAAUAAUAUAUCUGUAAAUAUUGUAGAAGUUGCUAUUUUCUUUUUUUACAUAAGAAGUGAAUUAAAGAGUAAUAAAACCGUCAGCUUCAGUUCUUUAAUCACACCCCUUUUUGUUUAUAAAUCUUUAAUUUCUGGUGUAUCUAAUUUUCCAAAUAUAAUUAAUAAUUUAAUAGAAGGUGCUAUAAAUAUUAAGCGUAUUAAUAAAUAUAUAAACUAUUAUUUGUUUAACAAUGAUAUGAAUGAUUAUUUUAAGAAUUCAUUGAACGGUAUGAAAAGUAAUACGUGUAACUUUCAAAAUGGUAACACCAACAAUGUGAAUGGUUAUGUGGAUGAUUAUGUGGAUGAUUAUGUGGAUGAUUAUGUGGAUGAUUAUGUGAAUGAUUAUGUGAAUGAUUAUGUGGAUGAUUAUAUGGAUCAUAUGAUGGAGUAUAAUAUAAAUAUCAAUAGUAAAAAUGGUUGUUCCUCCAAAUCAAGAAAGAACAACAAAUCAUUUUCAAAAGAUCAUUUUUCAAAUCAUGAACAAGGGACGAUGCAAAGUUUUUACAAAUUUUUGGAUACACACAAAAAUAAAACAAAACAAAAAAGCGAUUGUAAAAAAAAAUGUAGUAAUAAUCAAUUAUCCAAGAGUAACAAUAAUAAUGUUGUAGGUGAAAGUAAUAAUUCACUAUUUCAAGACAGAAAAGGGUGGUAUCCAAAAAAUAAACAUUUUAAAGAUAAUAUAGUGAUAAAUAUGAAGAAUUGUUAUUUUUCAUCGAAAAAUAAUGAUGAUUAUAUAUUAAAAAAUAUAAACUUAACAUUAAAAAAUAAUAGUGUAGUUAUUAUACUUGGGAAUGUGGGUUCAGGAAAAACCAUUUUCUUCUAUUCAUUAUUAGGUCAAUUUAAAUUAUCAUGUGGUAGUUUUUAUUUAAAAAAUUAUAUAUAUAAGUAUAUGCCUAUUUUAUAUGUACCACAAUUUAAUUGGAUAUCCUUAGGUACUAUCAGAUCUAUGAUAUUGUUCGGAAAUAAGUAUGAUGAAUCUAUUUAUUAUGAUGUCAUCGUAAAAAGUGAAUUAUUUCAUGAUAUAAUAUCCUUUAAGAAAAAGGACAUGAGAUAUAUAAGUGAUGAACAUAGUUUGAGUAAAGGACAAAAAGCUAGGAUAUGUUUAGCUAGAGCAUUGUAUCAUCAUUAUAUACAUAUGAAACAUAUGAAUUUAUAUUAUCAGAAAAAUGAAUUAAUAAAUGAAAAAAUGAAGAAAAUAUCUUUAAAAAGAGAUGAUAAUCAUACUGCACAGAGGUCUAAUGAUAACACGCCAAAUAAUAAUAACACAGAUAAUAAUAACACGUCAGAUAAUAAUAACACGUCAAAUAAUAAUAACACAUCAGAUAAUAAUAACACAUCAGAUAAUAAUAACACAUCAGAUAAUAAUAACACGUCAAAUAAUAAUAACACAGAUAAUAAUAACACAUCAAAUAAUAAAAAUAGUUGUAGUAAAAACCUUACAGAAGAAAGGAAUAUAUCUUAUCUUUAUCUUUUUGAUGAUUUGUUCACCUCUCUAGAUCCUUGUAUAUCCAAAGAUAUCUUUUAUAAUUUAUUUUGUGAUAAAGAAAAGAUACAACAUUUUAAAAAAAACAGUUCAUUUAUUUUAUCCAUAAGCGAAAUUAUAUUAAAUAGUUUUAUUUCAAGUAAUUGUAUUCUUAACAACAUGCAAUAUGAUGUGUUAAUAUAUAAAUUAGAAAACAGUACAUUACAUUAUGAGGGCAAUUUAGUAGAUUAUAUAAAAAAAAAUAAUAUAGUAGUAAAAGAAGAUAUCGUUCAAACGAAUAAACAAUGUGAAAAAAAAAGUUUAACAAAUGAACAAGUCAAAUCUAUGUUAAGUCUUAAUGAAGAUUGGAACUAUAUGCACCGUGUAAAAAAAAAAAGCAUCACCCAAAAAGAAACUACCAAAAAUUAUGAUAAUAAUAAUGAUAACAAUAAUGAUAAUAAUAAUGAUAACAAUAAUGAUAACAAUAAUGAUAACAAUAAUGAUAACAAUAAUGAUAACAAUAAUGAUAACAAUAAUAAUAAUAACAAUAAUAAUGUUAAUGUUAGUAAGGAAAUACUCUCAUGUGAAAUAAAAACUCAAGAUCAUUAUAAUAAUAUUCAUUGUAGUAAAACCAAUUUUGAGAAACAUAAUAAUAGUAUUUAUAGUAAGAAAGAAAAUGAGACCAGAAAAAUACACAGCGGAGAUAUAAAAUACCACAAAUUUAUGGUUCUUAAACAAUUUAAAACAAUCUAUUCCUUUAAAACCAUUUACUCGUUCAAUACAGAAGAAACUAAUGAUGAUGAAUAUAACAAAACUUAUUAUAGGAAAUAUACUAAAGUGAUCCAGAAUUAUGAUAAUCAUUGUUUAGAAGGAAAAAAGAAAAGUUUUAGAAAUUAUAAAAGCAUUAAUAGUUAUAAUGAAAUAUUAAUUAAAGAGAAUAUGAAAGUUUGGGAAGAUGAUACAUAUUAUGGAAAUGAUUAUAUAGAUGAAUAUGAAAAAAUAAAAAAGAAUGUUUUAUCUAAAUUAAAAUAUAAUUAUUAUAUAUCUUGUGAUUAUAAUAACAGUGAUCAUUUUGAUUUUAAUGAAGAAUUAAAAUUUAAAGGAAAUAUCAAGUUAGAAACAUUUUGGUGGUAUUUAAAAAAAAUUGGAAGACCUCUAAUUAUUGUUAUUAUUAUAUUUAUGUUACUUUCUAUAUUUACAGAUGAAAUCAAAAAUUUAAUAUUAUUUUUAGCUAGUACUAUAUUAAAGAGUGGUGAUAAGAAAGAUGAAGAAAUUUUGAAUCAACAAUUAGUUUAUUUAAAUUAUUUUAUUUUAUUACCAUCAAUAUCUUUAUUAACAACAUUAAUUUCUUUUAUGUUAAUAGCACAUGGUAUUGUUAAAUCGGCUAUUAAAGUACAUACAGAAGUAUUGCUUAGUAUAUUAUAUGCCCCUAUACAUGCAUUUUAUAGUAAUAAUUUAGGAAAUAUAAUUAAUAAAUUUAUAACAGAUGUUAAUAUAUUAGAUAAUGGAAUUAUUAAAAGAAUUUAUAAAUCUUUUUAUACACUCUUUCGCUUUUUAUUUACACUCUUUUUAUUAAUAUAUAUGGUUAAAUAUACUAUUGUUAUAUUUCCAUUUAUUAUGUUAAUUAUAUAUUUUUUUGUAUUUAAUAAAUAUUCGAAAGGAUGUAAAGAAGCACAAAGAGGAUUUUUAGCAUCACAUGCACCCUUAUGUACAAUAUAUAGUAAUACUAUUAUAGGAAAGGAUGUUAUCAAUUUAUAUAAAAAAAAUAAUUAUUUCUUAACAUUAUAUAAACAAAAAAUAUUUGAUUUUAGAAAUUAUACUAUAUUUAAGUGGUCAAUAACUAUAUGGGCAUCUUUAUACGUACAAUUAAUUGUUCUGGCGCUAACCUUCUUUUAUAUCAUAUAUCCACAUUUCUUUUUUAAACACGCAAAACAAGACCAUGAAAUCAACUAUGAAAAAGAAGCUAGUACGAUAGGUUAUUGUAUUACCUUUUCAUGUAGCCUUGGUUUUGUUAUAAAAAGCUUAUUGUAUGACUACACCCAUGUAGAAAAGGAAAUGUGUAGUACACAAAGAUUAGAAGAAUGCUCCAAGAUGAUUAAAGACGAAGGUUAUUCUGAUGAUAAUAUAACUUUGCAAAAUAAUGACCCUACCCACGAAGAUAAUAAUAAUAAUAAUAAUAAUAAUAAUAAUGAGCAGGAUGCAAAUUUAUUUAAAUCUGUUCCUGGUUCGUAUGAUCCGAAUGAUAAAGAAAAUAUGAGAAAAUACAAAACAGAAAUUGUUAAUAAUACAAAAGAUAUGUAUUCUAUUAUAAAUAAGGAUGAUAUGUUAACACAUUCAAUUAAUAAUAAGAAUAAUAAAUUAAAAAAAUUAUAUACCAGUCCUCAUAUAGAUAUUAAUAAAAUAAAGUAUGGUAUCUGUUUCGAAAGAGUAUUUGUUAGCUAUAAAAAGAAAAUUUGUGUUGAUAGAAAAAAUAAUAAAUAUGAAUAUGUAAAUGAAAAAUCAUGCUUAAAAAAUAUCAAUAUAUAUGCUUUAAAAAAUCAGAAAAUUGGUAUCGUAGGAAAAUCAGGAGCAGGAAAAAGUACUAUGAUACUAUCUAUUCUAGGUUUAAUAGGUACUACUAGAGGAAGAAUUACUAUUGAAGGACAAGAUAUAAAAACCUUAACGUUAGAUGAAAGAAAAAAUAUGAUUGGUGUAUUACCACAAUCAUCUUUUGUAUUUUUUCAUUGGAAUAUUAGAACAUUUAUAGAUCCAUAUAAAGAUUUUACUGAUGAUGAAAUUGUUGAUGCUUUCAAAUUAAUAGGAAUUAAUUUAAGUUAUGAUGAUUUAGAUAAAUAUAUUUAUAAACAACAACGACAACAACAAAAAAAAAAAAAUAAAAAUACACAUAAUUUAUGGAAAAAAAAAAGUUUUAUUGAUUUAACGAACUCUAUAUCUUUAUCAGAUGAAUGUAUUAGAUAUUUAUCAUUAGUACGUCUUUUUUUAAAUAGACAUAAAUAUAAACUCAUUUUAAUCGAUGAAAUACCUGUACUUAAUUUCUGUUAUAAUACCAAAAAAUUAACCAACUUCUUUACAACAGAUAUUAAAUCUUUUGAUUAUAUUAUUAGAACAUUCUUUCAAAAUACUACAGUCCUCAUUAUUGCUCAUGAUGCAAGUACACUCUCAUGUUGUGAUUUUAUUUACGUUAUCGCAAAGGGAGAAGUUGUAUACAAAUGUAGUUAUAAAGAUGUUAAAACACAAACCGAAUUAGCUAACUUGCUUCAAGAAAAACAAUUAAAUUGA